UCUUCCAUGUCGGCGGCCACGGCGCGGAGGCCGGUGUUUGACGACAAGGAGGACGUGAACUUCGACCACUUCCAGAUCCUUCGGGCCAUUGGAAAGGGCAGCUUCGGCAAGGUGUGCAUCGUGCAGAAGCGGGACACAGAGAAGAUGUACGCCAUGAAGUACAUGAACAAGCAGCAGUGCAUCGAGCGGGAUGAGGUGCGCAACGUGUUCCGGGAGCUGGAGAUCCUGCAGGAGAUCGAACACGUCUUCCUGGUGAACCUGUGGUACUCCUUCCAGGACGAGGAGGACAUGUUCAUGGUGGUGGACCUGCUCCUGGGCGGGGACCUGCGCUACCACCUGCAGCAGAACGUCCAGUUCUCCGAGGACACUGUGAAGCUGUACAUCUGCGAGAUGGCGCUGGCCCUGGACUACCUGCGCAGCCAGCACAUUAUCCACAGGGACGUCAAACCCGACAACAUCCUGCUGGAUGAGCAAGGGCAUGCGCAUCUGACCGACUUCAACAUCGCCACCAUCAUAAAGGACGGGGAGCGGGCCACCGCACUAGCUGGGACCAAGCCGUACAUGGCUCCGGAGAUCUUCCAGUCUUUCGUCAGUGGUGGGAGCGGCUAUUCCUUCGAGGUGGACUGGUGGUCAGUGGGGGUGCUGGCCUACGAGCUGCUACGUGGAUGGCUCCUCACUGUGGACCCCAAGCACCGAGUGUCCAGCCUGCAGGACAUGCAGGCAGCCCCGUCACUGGCCGGCGUGCUGUGGCAGGACCUGAGUGAGAAGAAGGUGGCGCCGGGCUUCGUGCCCAAUAAAGGCCGCCUUCACUGCGACCCCACCUUCGAGCUGGAGGAGAUGAUCCUGGAGUCCAGGCCUUUGCACAAGAAGAAGAAGCGGCUGGCCAAGAACAGGUCCCGGGACAGCAGCAGGGACAGCUCGCAGUCGGAGAAUGACUACCUUCAGGACUGCCUUGAUGCCAUCCAGCAAGACUUUGUGAUUUUUAACAGAGAAAAGCUGAAGAAGAGCCAGGACUCCGCCAGCGAGCCCCUGCCCGCCCCCGAGGCCGGGGAUGCUGCGGAGGACCGGGAGGGGGCGCGCCCCGCGGGGCCCACGUGCGGCUCCAUCUGCCCCUCCCGCCUCACUGAGAGUUAACGCCAGUUGCUUUGGAGACUCGGUCGGCCAGCAGGACAGGACAGGCGGCGGGCAGAGGCCCCGCGUGGACGUUCCCAGCCAAGCAGCCCAGUUCCUCCCAGCACAGACCCGGCCGGUGGCCCCACUGCACCCUGGCCCUCAUUUCCCUGGGACGGGCUGCCUGCCCACUGGCUCUCGUCAGCAUAGGGCAACUGGAGGCUGUCAGUGUGGCCGAGGGGUGGGCAAGCAGGCUGGGUGCCCCCUCCCCAGCGGCUCCGUUCCCGGCAAUUGUGGCAGGAGGCCCGUGGCCUCUCCUGGUGGCCCCGACCCGCUCCCAGCAGCCCCAGCUGUACAUAUGGGCGCCGGCCCGGCUGCGGGCAGACGGACACCGUUCACGGGCUCCCCGGGGGCCGCUCGGGCUUGUGCGUCCGGGGGAGGGGGAGGUGAAGAGUGUUUUUAUAGAGAUACUUCUGCCGUGUUUCUGUAGAUUUCUCACCUCUGAGCAUCACGA